AUGAUUAGGUACUCAAUAUAUUUUUUAAUUGUUUGCAUUGGAAUAUCAGCUGCUCUCCCAGCUGAUCCUGUUAUAAGAAAACUAGAUCCAAACUUACGCUUCAAAUAUGAAACGGAUGGCAGUGGAAAAAACGUAUUAGUCGAUACAUGGAUGAAACUGAGUGAUUUGGCCGCUACAGCAAGAUUCAACCCUAUUGCAACAAACUCCUAUAAUUUAUUUACCAGACAAAAUCCAACUAUAAGCCAAAAUUUACUAUUUAAUAAUAUUCCUAAUCUUCUGGCUUCAAACUUUGAUAGCAGUAAAAGGACUGUAAUUCUCAUUCAUACUUGGAGAACUCAAGUUAUUUCGGACUUUAGUAUAACACUUGUUCCUGCACUAUUAGCCGCAGCAGAUUUAAAUGUCAUCCUGGUAGACUGGACCGCCGGUAGUAAUACCAUAAACUAUCCUGUUCUUAUCGAUAAUUGUGUCGAGUCUGGACGGGCUGUUGCGCUAUUUAUUGACUGGCUUAAUCAAUCAACUGGUUCCUCACCAUCGCAAUUCCAUAUUAUAGGCCACGGCUUUGGCGGUCAUCAAGCCGGUAUAGCAGCAAGAUAUGUACAAGGAGAAGUUGGAUACGUAACAGCAUUGGAUCCAUCAUUUUAUGGAUGGCUAAACCACAAUUACCGCCUCCAGCCUGAGGAUAGCGCGUACACAGAAGUUAUCCACACAAAUGCUGGUAUGAGUGGAUAUCUUGGAGACUUAGGUCACGUAGAUUUUUAUCCUAAUGGAGGAGAAUCAAUGCCUGGGUGCAGCUCACACGCCUGUGAUCACGCGAGAAGUUACUUUUACUUUGCGGAAUCUGUACUUUCUGGAGGUUUUACCGGCAGACAAUGUUCAAGCUAUUUAGCUGCUAUUUUCGGAAUUUGUUCAUUACCAGGAAGGUUACAAAUGGGUGGAUUAACACCUAAGACUGGACAAUCUGGCAUAUAUACUGUUGAUACGAAUGCCACUCCACCAUAUUCAAGAGGUUGAAUAAUUUGAGUGUACCAACUAAGUCAAUUAAUGACCUACCACUUGUUACUUUUUUAAUAUCGAUUGUAAUUAUUUACUUGCUGUUUUUUGAUGAUAUGUAUACGAAUACGAACUUUUGUAUGUAAUUGCUUUAAGUUUCUGAUCGUGGUUAUAAAUAAAGUUAUUUUUCUCUA